ACAAUCCACAGCGGCCGGACGCGGUAUAUAAGCGGGCUGGCAGCUCAUCCGUUAGUCACAUUCAAAGUUACACAACAUCAUCUCCCAGUGCAUACUCUUAUUUUCACCAUGGGUUAUCCUAAUCAGAUGAGCAACUGUAUUGCGUUGUCAGUUUUGGUUCUGGUAUUGCUUCAAAUGACCGUCGCCAUCAGUGCUGGAUCCAUCCGCACUCGCAUCACGGCCGAAAUCGGCGCUGGUAGAGGAGUGAUGCCGAAGCUCAGCCGGAACUUCCAGCGGAUCUCUCGCAACACGGUGGCGGCCCAGAAACCGGAAUCGCAGCCGGAAAGUCGGGCGGAGCAUCAAUCGGAUGUCACGGUGGUGACUAUCACGGCCUCGACCAUGUCGACCAAUGAAGAAAUGCCCGAAAUGAAACCCGCGGACAUGGUCGUCAUCGACGCCGAGUCACCAGCAUCACCACCGACCACCGUUUCUUCUUCCGGCAAUGGGAUGACCGCCGAAAUGACGACCGAUGCGGCCCUGAUGCCCAUGUGGGAUUCCACCAAGAUCGAAACUCCGAAAAUGACGAAGGCGGACGACUCGUCGGCUUCCGACGAAGAUGAACCGGCCCGUCAACCGGAACUGAUCCCUUCGUUCGUCGACCGCAAGAAGGAAGCCGAGCGUUUGCGCAAAGUCGUUUCCGCCUUCCAUUUGAACCGCGUUCUGGGCACGACCGCGCCCACUCCCGGACUCUUCGGCGGUUUCCCCAUCACGGCCGCACCGUCGACCAGGCAGAGGGCCCUGGGAUUCCCGCUGCUCAUCACCAACACCCUCGACAAUUUCCACCAUCAACUCGACUGGUCCCGAUUCGGUUCCUUCUCGGCCGAGCUGGAAUAAUAUAAUUGCACAACAUAUCAAUCGAAAUUGAAAUUUCUUUUGAUUUGAUGUUGUUCGUUUAAUAAUGUGAUUCGACUUUGAUGGCACUUCAAUAACUUCUUCGUUUUCCCUUUAAUCUUUUCUUUUUGUGUUUAGUUAUUAUUUAGGUACUCCACAUUUUCUUUCCCCCCCUCGAUAGUCGAUAAACAGGUGGCAUUCAAUGCGUUGCGAGGGUGUGGUCUUCCGUUCCUAGAUGGACUCGGCGAACUGGUUCGUUCGUUUCGUUUUGAUUUUCGGUUCAGAGAUCUCCAAGGACGUUAGUAAUAUAGACUUUUUUGAGUAUGGAAACAACAACUACACAAUCGCCAAUUCGAUGUACUUGUAACCCAAAUGAAUCGAUGUUGCCGUAAAUGGGAGAAAAAACUCCUCCCCGCCAUGAAAUCCCGAAUUUAUCACGAAUUUUAUUGUUUGUUUGUUUUUUUUUAUUUCUUUCUAUUAUUUUUGUUUCAUUUUAAGAACGAGGACUUGCUGGUGAGCCUGACGUGAAAUGAAAAAGAGAAAUGUAAUCAAUAUAAAACUGUAAAGAAAAUAAUAAUAAAACGGGACCAACUGCUUAAA